GACCCCCUUACGCACUCCCAGGUUAUAUAAGGCUAGCAUGCAAGACUAUAAAUAUAUUCCAUCUCAACAAGGAAGUGCAUAGAAAGGAGUUAUUCAGUAUGGGUUCUCUACAAGUGAUCCUUGCUUCAGCUCUCUGCUAUGCAUUCCUCCUUCCUGGUGAGUGUAUCACAGGAGGGAAGGAAUCUACACCACACUCCCGUCCCUAUAUGGCCUCACUGCAGCUGGAAGGCAAACACAACUGUGGUGGAUUUCUGAUCUCUAGUGAGUGGGUUAUGAGUGCCGCACACUGCUUUCAGGACACCAAUAAUUAUAAGAUUGUGUUGGGCGCUCAUUCCCUAUCCCAGGAAGAGGACACGAAACAAAUGUUUGAUGUGGCUGCUGUCUAUAACCAUCCCGAUUUCAACAUUGAGAACUAUGAUAAUGAUAUUGCCCUGGUUAAGCUAAGUCAGUCAGUCACAGAGACUGAUGCCGUGAAGCCUCUGAAGUUCCAGAGGUCAGGAGGGAGUGAGCCUGGUACAGAUGCUUCUGUGGAAACUGCAGGGUGGGGCUCAUUAGACAACCUUGGAAACCGGGCAGAUAAACUGCAUGAAGUGACUGUUGCUGUUAUAAAGAGACAUACCUGUGGUCGCAGUAGCUCCUAUGGGCAAUCAUUUACAACAAAUAUGCUCUGUGCUGGAAAAAAACUCAAGGACACCUGCGAUGGUGAUUCUGGUGGUCCUUUGCUCUAUAAUGGCAUUGCUGUGGGAAUAACCUCAAAUGGAGGGAGGAGAUGUGGUUCCACCAGGAAGCCUGGACUCUACACCAUAAUAUCGCAUUAUGAUGACUGGAUCACCCGCACUAUGUCCCAGUAACCUGUCAGCAGUUCGACUGACAAAUUGACCGUGUGAUUGCUUGUUCUAUCAUAUCUUAUUUGAGGCAGAUUAUAUCGAAUCUUUAUUGUCAUACUGUGCACAGAGGUUAGUCAUCACUUUCUGUAGCUCACCAUUAUACGAAAUAUACGAAGUAUAAGUAUAAUAGGUUUGUUCAGAUUUUAUACCAGAAUUUAAAAUUCACAGGUUAUCAUAACUCUUCAUAACAAGUUUUCUUCAUUUUUUGUAGUUAUUCUUUUUCUUUCAUGCUAAUGGGGUGUAUUAUCUUGUAUAUAAAAAUGAGUAAAUUUCUGUAAAAAUCCUUUUUUUUCUUUCUUUCUUUUUUUUAAGUCUGCCAAAUAAAUAAAGAAAUAGCCAAAUACUAAAAGGAUGACUACAUGGAUAAGGGCAGCAAUGUAAGGAAAUGGUUUAAUACAUAGUGAAAUACACAAUAAUAACUGUUUUAUUUUAAAUAAUCUGGUCAUUUUUAACUAUUUAAGCUUUUUAUUUUAAAAUGUAAACCAUUAAAAUGUAUUUCCACAAUGUCAUAUAGGGAAUGCAGCCUAAAAUGAUCAUCGGGUAUGAAAUGACUUUAAUCUGUUUCGUCUGCCAAAUUAAUUAUUAUAACACAUACUGUCCAUGAUCCAAGUGUUCAGUGAGUAGGCCUCUGUGUUCUUAUGCCAGGAAAGUUACUACCAGAUUGAGGUAAAAUGAAUGAACAGUAUUUAGUAUAGAAAUUCAGGACCCAUUCCAGACCCAUUAGUCUUGUUGAACAGGUGAUUAAAUCAUUGUUAAAAAUGUGAUUGUCUAUUAACCUUUUGGCCCAAUGUAUUUGACACACUGGGAAAAGCGCUUAACGUUGUAGUCAACGUUUAGCCCAACCCAUGGGAUAUAGCUACCAUACACUAGCUACUAUAGCCCCAUUGCCCAAGUGGUUGCGUUUAUUACUCUAUUAGCCUGGAGGAAUAUUUUUUAAUUCAAUUUUUUAUUUUAAAUUUAAUAUUUUUAACCUCCUGGAGUUGUACCACUUCCUCUACUCACAAUAGAUGGAUACAAGAUAUAUUUUUCUAUAUUCAUUUGGAGAAAUUAUGUUUUAAGCAGCAAACCUGGGAUCCUUUCUUUAAUUCUAUUAAAAGCCUGCUCUGUCUCUCUGAUUCAGACUCAGAUAAUAAAUAAGAAUUGUCUCCUUAAGAAUAUCACUGAAUGCUGUUCAUGACAGAAUAUUGUACAUCUGUGGUUUUUUCCUUACUUCUCCCUGUGUUGGGACAGUAAAGGUUUUGGGUUUGAUGUGUCCUGUCCUGUUAAAAUUGCAAGAAAAAUAUUACAAAUAAAAAUAUGAUCAUCUAAAUACAA